AUGGAUAUUAUCGAUAUUUUACGGACUGCUAAAUUAAGUGAUGUUGAAAUCUUUCUCACAUUAAAAAAAAUAAGACUAAAUGAAAGUUUUGCUAUUUUAGCAGAUGAUUUUGGGAUGUCUACUUCUAAUGUAAGUCGUACAUUGACUAAGACCUUGCCAAUCAUAACUAAGUAUUUAAAAGACUUCAUUAUUUGGCCAUCUGCAAAAAUUAAACAACAAUUGCCAAUGAGUUUCAGGAGUCGUUAUGCCGCAGUUGAAUCGAUCAUUGAUUGUUUGGAAAUUGAAAUUGAAAAGCCAACAGACCCAGUUAAACAAUCAUUAACAUGGUCAGAAUACAAAAAAUGUAAUACUUUGAAAUAUUUAGUAUCUUGUACUCCAGAUGGUAUAGUUAAUUUCACAUCACCAGGUUAUGGUGGUAGAGCAUCUGAUGCAGGAAUAGUUUCAAUCUCUGGAUACUUGGAUUAUUUAAAGCCAGGUGCAGCUGUAUUAGCAGAUAGAGGUUUCAAACAUAUUGAAAAUUUAGUAGUUGCGAAAAAAUGUACAUUGAUUACACCUCCUACAGUAAGCUCUAAUAAGCAACCAACUCAUGAUGAAAUCAUUGCGACGAAACGAAUCGCUAGCCUUCGAAUUCACAUUGAAAGGUUAAUAAGAAGAAUCAGAGAAUUUCAUAUUUGUGAACCUCAUUCAUCUGUUAAUAUUAAAUUGAUUCCGCAAAUGGAUAAUAUUAUCACGAUCGUCGCUGCUUUAACAAAUUUACAAGGACCACUGAUAAAAAAAACAUAA